UUUGAAUUUACUUAUGUCUGAUUAAUUCGACUAGUCGCAAGAAGGCAUUGUUCAAAAUGAAGUGCCUGAAAAUAGGGAUCAAGAGCUUUUUGAUUAGGUGCCGUCGAAGUAAAAUAACGAGAAAAAAAUAAAUUUUUAAAUAGAAGAAGAAGAGGAAUAAGACUAAAAUCAGCCGGUUGGGGCUAUAUAAGAAGUUGCCAAGCCUGAAGAGAAUAAAAAGAACGUAUCUUAGAUUAGCAACCCAUUAUAGCCUAUUAUGAUAAAUAAAGCAGAAACUAAGAGAAUAGUACAUCAGGCUGCAUUGGAAAGAAAGACAGAAGCAUUUGAAUAAACUAAGAGUUUUGAACUUCAUAGAUCUUAAUAAAUUUUCCAACAUAGAUAAUUGGUAGAUUCAGUUUGGGCAAGGUUAUAAAAGGUAGUGACUUCAUCUGAUGAGUCUAUGAAAUUUUUAGUCUCAUUUAUGAAAUAAAGGAUUGAAUAGGAAGAAUCACAAUUAAAAUACUCUUAAACAGCUUAGUUAAGUAAAUUGUUUAAGGAUUUUGGUAAUAUUUGAAUGUAAACCUUAGAUGGAAAAAUUAUGUAAUGUAAUUAUCCUGAGUUUUCUAAAGCAGUAAGAACAAUUGAUUCCUCCAUGGAAAGAUAGACAGAUCAGAUUAAGAUUUUUAUAGUGUGGAUGUAAAAUCAGACACGAGAGAGAUUAGAAUAAGAAAUGAACAAUUUUACAAAUUAAAAUAAAGGUAUCAAGAAAAAUUUAUUUUAAAAUAGACUUAAUAAAUUCAUAUAAUCGUUUCAAAAAGACAUUAGCAGAUUUGGAUAAAGAAGUUAUGAAGUAUUUUAACAAAUAUGAUAAAAUGUAUUAGAAUAUGACAACUAAAGGUAAAAAACCAUAAAAAGACUUUUUGAGAGCCGAAUUAAAGUAUAAAUAGGUAUUCGCGCUUAAUUAAUAUUUUAGGCUGCAUCAAGAGUAGUAAUUUAUUAAAGAGAAUUUGGAGCUUGGUUGUUAAAUAGCUGGAAUGAAAUAAAAUUAUUAGAAGCUUAAAGAUUGGAUUUAGUCACUCAUACUUUAAUAGAGUUCUAAAAUCAAAUCAUGAAUGUGUAUGGCAAAAUUCCUCAACAUGAUUCAAUUAUUGUAGCAUUGAAUGGAGUAAAGGUCUAGUAGGAAGUUUAGACUUUGUAUUCACCUGAUUUUGUACUGACAAAAUAGGAACUAGAAUUUAUUCAGACAGAGCAACAAUAGGAAUUAGUUAAAUAUUUUCAAAGCUUCCAAGUAACAUUAAUCAAUAUGUCUAGGUUGUUGAUAAAUUUGCUGAGUUAUCUCAUCCUUUAAUUCUAAAGCAAUUUUCAGCAUAAAGAGAUGUUGGUACUAUAGGCAAGACUUGGGUCGAAACUGGCAUUAUUAUUACAGUUGAUCAUUACUUUUUGACUUUCGACGGUAAGCCAACUAGAUUUUCAAGGCCGGAGAACAAAUAUCCACUUGAUGGAAUGAAAAUGACUGCUAGGAAUGCUUUAGAAUUAGAGAUUUAAUUUGUUAUUCCUGGUUUAGUGAUGGAUUCAAAGAAGAAAUUACUAAUCCAAUUUAAGAAAUCAGAUGAAUUGGAGGAAAUGAUGUAUUUUCUAGAAACUGUUGGGCAAAAUAAAUUUGCUUUAAAUUGAAAUAUGUCAACCAUGAUAUAAUAUGAAU